GGAGUCUCUGUCACUUCCGUUUGUUUAUUUCUCGGCUAGACCUGUGAAUAGAGGUCGAGUCUCCUUUAAAUAUCAGCUCGAGUUAAUGCAUUUGACGGGAAAAGCUUCAAUCUGAGCGGUGAUGUUUUAACCCAAACACAGAUCUCAAACAGAGAGAGAGAGAGACCGAGAGAAAGAUGCGAGCGUCUGAUGCUAAAGGGAGACGCGGCGGACCGCAGCAUCCGCAUCCUUCAUCCAACAUCAUCAUCUAAAAUGAUGCUGAACACAUUCAUGAUGUUUAUUCUCCGUGUGUGAUCGCUGGGUUUGGGGCUGAGAUGGUUCGGGUCGUCAGUGUUUUGGGUCUGGUGAUGUUCAGCGUCGCUUUGCUUAUUUUAUCAUUGAUCAGUUACGUGUCGAUAAAGAAAGAUUUCAUCUUCACAUCCCCGAAAUACGCCAUUGUCGGAGGACCGCGGAUGUACAUGUUUCAUGCGGGAUUUCGGUCCCAACUGGCAAUGAAGUUUGUGGACCCUGCCUUCACGUCCCUCAAUAACGCUCUCAAUGAAAACCUGCAGGAGUCCAAUAACUGGAGGUUUAAUAAUUCUGCUUAUGUAGACCUGAGUAAAGAAAUCGCCCAAUACAUUGACGUUCCACACAACUUCACCCUUAUCAAAAGCAGCGUGCGAGUGGGUCAGCUGAUGCACUACGACUACUCCAGUCACAAAUACGUCUUCUCCAUCGGGGAGAACCUCAGGUCUUUGCUUCCAGAUUCUUCUCCGAUCAUCAACAAGCGCUAUAACACCUGUGCCGUCAUCGGCAACAGCGGGAUCCUCACCGGCAGCCGCUGCGGUCCGGAAAUCGACAAGUACGACUUUGUCUUCCGCUGCAACUUCGCUCCCACCGAGGUCUUCCGUAAAGACGUGGGCCGCAGGACGAACCUCACGACCUUCAACCCCAGCAUUCUGGAGAAAUACUACAACAACCUCUUGACCAUACAGGACAGAAACAACUUCUUCUUGAGUCUGAAGAAGCUCGAUGGUGCCAUCCUGUGGAUUCCCGCCUUUUUCUUCCACACGUCCGCAACGGUUACGCGCACACUCGUCGAUUUUUUUGUAGAGCACAAGGGUGAGCUUAAAGUGAAGUUAGCCUGGCCAGGAAACAUUAUGCAGUAUGUAAACAGGUAUUGGAAGACCAAGCAUCUGUCCCCGAAGCGUCUGAGUACAGGGAUCCUGAUGUUCACAUUGGCCUCCUCUAUGUGCGAGCAGGUUCAUCUGUACGGCUUCUGGCCCUUCGGCUGGGAUCCAAACACAGGGAAAGAGCUGCCGUAUCAUUACUACGACAAGAAGGGAACCAAGUUUACCACCAAGUGGCAGGAAUCACACCAGCUGCCCACCGAGUUCAAACUGCUCUUCAAAAUGCACACAGAAGGCAUCCUGAAACUCAGCCUCUCUCACUGCACCUAGAGGUCAGGGGUCAGAAACAAAGGGUCAAAGGUCAGGACCGUGGGUCGCUUGCUUCUGCUAAUGAACGUUUGUCGUGAUUUGGGCCAGCGUGAGUUUUAUUCUGCAAAUAUCAACGUCAAGCCGAUGAUGGUAUUGUUGGUAACUCAUGAUAUUAAUGAUUGUGUGAGUAUUGAUGAUCAAUCCGCUCAAGGCUUUAUCACUUCAGUUUAUUAAACAGCAUCAUGUUACAAUAUAAUACUAAUAUUAUUGAAUAUAUCGCAUUUAAAAAGCACUUAAUAUACUCUACAAUUUUAGCCAUCCAAAAUAUUUCUCUUUGGCAUGUAUCUGGAUUUGUACUGUUUGUGCUACAGCCAAGAAACUGAAAUGUGCCAUUACGUUCUAACCUAGCAGACUAAGUGAAUGAUUUUUAAUAAAAUGGGUGAAAAGAUCUCAUAGACUCACAGUGAAGAAGAGACCCGAGUCAAAUCUGUAGUGCGUAUGAAUGCAAUCUUGUGACCUGAACCUGUAAACGACCGCUUGCAACAAUCUAACAAUCGCAUAGCAACAGGCUACAAUAGGGUGACCAUACGUGCCAAUGACGUAUGCGGUCGCCAAAAUACGACUUCCAGAAGACGCACCCCGAAAUCCUGGCCAGGACGUGUCAUGGAAAAAUGUCACGUAUGAUCACCCUAAAACAUCUUAGCAACCGCAAAACAGUGCAGUAAGCGCUUCAAAUACCUUCGCAACGGGUUUCUACAGAUAUCUAUAAGUAAAGUUAUAUUUUGAGAAGAAUCUAGUUUCUCAUACAGGACUGAAAGAUGGCUAUGAAGACACUACACGUAUCUACUGAAUGUUUUCUGAGAUCUCACAGCUCAUCUGUUAAAUUAAUGCAUGGAUACAGUUGGUUGAUAGGCUCUGGGUGUUGUAUUUUACAAUGUUUACUGCAUUUAAUUGAACAGGACUUGUGUCAGUCAAUCAGUUACCAAACUGGAAGGCGGGACUCUCUUCAUGAGAGACAGAAAUAUGUUUAUUUGCAUAUGAUUACUAUUUAAAGAGAAAUGUUUUCCCUUUAUUCAAGACAAAUGUGUAAUUGCGAUUUCAUGAAUGUGUGCACAUCCAAGCAAGCAAUAAUCAUUAUUUUAGCAUCUAGGUUACCCAGACAGCAGACGACUCUGGGCCGGAUCCGCUCCGGAUCUGUGCCAAAGUCAACAGCUCUGGCGCUGAUCCGGUGCCGAUCCGGCCAAGAGUCGUCUGCUGUCUGGGUAACUAUAGACCCGAUACAAUACGGUUAUGAGUAACCCACUUCUAGCCAAAAUAAACUUGAAUUUGGUUACAUGUCGUUGUUGCCAAAAUAACUUAUUCCAACAUGUAAGCAAAGUCAACAGUGAUUCAAAUAUGUUUGCUUUCAUUUAUUUAUUUAAUUUCAUUUAUUUUUUGGCUAUUAGAUGUCUUUUAAACACAAAUUUGCUUGCUGGGAUGUGUCAGCCACUAUGUGUGCGCAUGUGCGUGUGUGUGUUGUAUGGCAAUGUGGUCAGUCGAUUUAGAAAGUUUUUUUAGAUGCAUUAUAAUAUAUUAAGAUAUAUAAACAUUAAAUACAUAUUGAUAAGAUUAAUAACAGUUGUUUUAUGACUUUUCUGUAAGAUGGAGUGAAUGUCAAACACAUUACUGUAAACAGCUUACUGACAGCUUACUGUAAAUGAAUUUCCUCUAACCACAAAGACCACUCAUCCAUGUCCCAUCUUCGAUUUGAAAUGUUUAAUUGAAAUAAAUUCUUAGUCCGAACAAUGUGGCCGUUACCUUUAAAACCGAAUCAAUAUCAAAUACAGAAGUACCUAUAAAUAAUGCAGGAGAUAUAACACAAUAAACACACUGAGUUAAGCAGUGAGGUAUGAGAAAUGAUGUUAUAUUGGGAAGAUAAGCAAUGCCAGAGGAUGUUUUUAUUCACAAUAAAUUUAUGCAGCAUGAAGUUAAUACAACUUCAAGUUUUGCAAGUCAAUUCAACCUACUUUUUUAAGUUUUGUCUUUUGAUAAGGUGACAUAACUUAUAAAAUCAAAUUGAAAUUGUUUAACUUAAUUUUUUAAGUUAAAGUAACAUGAAAAUAUAUGUUGAUUUGACAAAAAUGCUGUAGCACAGCCUUGAGUUUUAUAACACACAUGUGACCCUAAACCACAAAACCAGUCAUAAGUGUCUUUUUAUUGAGAUUUAUACAUCAUCUGAAAGCUGAAGAAAUAAGAUUUUUUUGUUAGAAUAGGACAAUACAUUGUAAAAAAUAUGUUGCUGCCUUAAAUUUUUUUGUUGAAUCAACUCGGAUUUACAAGUCAUUUCAACUUACUAUUAUUUAUCUUGAGUUGUUACAACUGCAGAUGAGUUGUUAUAACUUAUAAAAUUAAGUUGACUUUUCUC